UCACAUGUGCAAGAUGGCGUCCUUCUGAAAACAGGCAAUGUGGGUCGACAUUUCUUUACGACUGUUCUCCUUUAUAUAGCUGAAUUGUUGUGUGACAUAGAGCUCUAUAGCUGUAUGUUGGAUCAUAUAACGUUGAGGCAAAAUUUUGCUCGGAGAAAUUUUGAACGUGCAGGGAGAUCGGCAAUAUUUGAGAGUGAAGCGAGCACUUCCGGGUUUUCAAACAGACCCGCCCAUGGGUGUUGCUAGUGGUACGAUGUUUGCUUGUCUUGAUGUUUGUCCAAUCACACACGCUGAUGUUUAAUUGGAUCACUGCGUGCUGCAGCACAGAUUUCAGCACGUCCACUGCUACUUGUCACCGCUGCACUUGAAUCAUUGAGGGCCCAUGACCCUGUAGAAGUGAUAAUCAGAACCAUGAGCAGACCUGAGUAUGAGGACAUCCUGGAGGGGAAGCGGCUGUACAGUGACCUGGGCUUCUCCAUGGAGACGUACGACCCGCCGCGGUACAAACACUGUAAACCUCGAACUCCUGAGAAGGUCAAGGAAGACGUGCUGAAUUCUACACGGGUGCUGAGUGUCAUUGAACAGCUGGCUACAGAGACUGACCAAUCAGAAGAUGAGUUGCUAUCUCAGGCCCGCGCCAUGGUACAGGAGAUGGGACACAACCUGAGGAUGAGGUCCAUCAGGUUCUUUGCCUACUUCCUCAACAAAAUCUUCAAGACCCUGUACAAGAAAAUCUACGUCAAUGGGGAUCACCUUGAAAAGCUGGCUAAGAUGUCGAAGGACCAGCCUGUUCUGCUGCUGCCCUCCCAUCGCAGCUACAUCGACUUCCUCAUGCUGUCUUAUGUCGCCUACUGUUACGACUUUCCCCUGCCUGUCAUUGCUGCUGGUGCUGAUUUUAUGGCGAUGAAGUUCGUGGGAACUCUGCUGAGAAACUGCGGAGCGUUCUUCAUGCGGAGGUCGUUUGGUUCCGACAGGCUGUACUGGGCAGUGUUCACGGAAUACGUGCAGACACUGAUACGGAACGGGGACUCACCCAUGGAGUUCUUUGUGGAGGGGACCAGGAGUCGCACCUCAAAAUCACUCUCACCAAAGUUUGGUCUCCUGUCAGCUGCUAUUGAACCGUUCCUGAUUGGCUCUGUGUACGACAUCACCGUCGUCCCCAUCAGUAUCAGCUACGACCGGCGCCUGGAGGAAACACUGUACGCCAGGGAACUGCUGGGGAUCCCCAAACCAAAGGAGUCCACUUCAGGCCUAGUGAAGGCUCGUAGUGUCCUGCAGGAGGAUUAUGGCAGCAUUCACGUCUGUUUCGGGGAACCGUUGUCUGUUAGGAAGCUGGCAGAGGGGAGAAUUGACCGCAGUGUCCAUGGCCUGCACCCGAGGCACAUGUCCAUGUUCACCAGUGAGGAGCAGACCUUUGUCCAACACCUCGCCUACCAAGUCAUCCUCGCCCAGCAGAAGCACAUGGUCAUCUCACCCUGGUCCCUGGUCGCUGCAGUCCUCUCCCAGCAUCCUCAGGGACUGAGAUUAGGGAAGCUUGUGAACGAGGUAGUUUGGUUGAAGAAGCAAGCAGUCGGUCUUGGGGCUUUUGUUGAUUGGCCAGCUAAAGAAGACCCCAGCAGUGUCGUCAAGUCUGCACUAGAACUUCAUCACCACGUCGUCGCCCUUGGAGACAAUGCCAAGGUGACCUUGAACCUCCCGCCGCAGACGCGACCCAAGAUGGAGACCGGGAUGGCGAGGAAACACCGGGUGAUGGAGGAGGCCGAGGUGCGGCUGAUGGUCGUCACGGGAACCAACCAGCUCCUCCACGUGUUCGUGAGGGUCGCGCUCGUCCUGAUGGCGCUUAGCGGGGACGGGACCAAAACAAGAGAUGAGAUGUUCAGAAUAUUCAUGUUCCUCAGAAGGACACUGGAGAAAGAUUUCAUCUUCAUGCCAGGACAAGACAAACAGGACUUUGACACAGCAGUGCAGUAUCUGUGCAGAGUCCAUGUACUUGAGGAGGAAGGAGGUUCUGUGAGAGUUUCUGUCUCAGGGAAGAAGCUUCAGAGUUUUCUGUACGAGAUGUUCUCCCCAUUCCUCUUGGGAUACUGGAUCAUGUGCCAGUAUCUGCUGACAGUCUCCUCAGAUGAUGCCCGAGGCAGCACCACACAGCAGCUGACCAGGGGUGCACAGGACAUGGCAGCUACCCUUCUCUCUAAUGGACAUGCAGAGAGAUUUGAGAUCCUGUCAUUAGACAUGCUGGGCAACUCCAUCACUAGCUUUGUUUCUGUGGGAGCAGUCAAGAGAUUCAAAAGGUAA